AUGGCCCCUAAGCUCGUCGGCGCGAUCGACCAGGGCACCACGUCCACGCGGUUCAUCCUCUACCGCGUCGUCGGCGAUGGCGUCCUCCAGCCUCUGGCAUCGCACCAGAUGGAGCACAAGCAGAUCUACCCCAAGCCCGGCUGGUGCGAGCACGAUCCGGAGGAGAUCUACGCCAACACCCUGACGUGCAUCGCGAGCGCCCUCGAGGCGGUGCCGGGGGGCGCGACCGCGUCCGACGUGGCGUGCGUGGGCAUCACCAACCAGCGCGAGACCACCGUGGCGUGGUCUAAGCGCACGGGAAAGCCGCUGCACAACGCGGUGGUGUGGCUGGACAUGCGAACCUCUGACCUGUGCGAGUCCCUCACGAGCGAGGUCAUGGGCGGCGACAAGGAUGCGUUUCGCGAAGUCUGCGGACUCCCCAUCAGCACCUACUUCUCCGGGGUGAAGAUGCGCUGGCUCCUCGAUAAUUGCGACGCCGUCAAGGCCGCCGCGGCGGAGAACGACCUCGCCUUCGGGACCAUCGACAGCUGGCUGCUGCACAGGCUCACGGGUUCGGCCGGGACGCACGUCACCGACGCCACCAACGCGUCGCGGACCAUGCUCAUGGACCUCCGCACCCAGACUUGGCACGAGCCCACGGCGGUGAAACUGGGCGUGCCGAUGCACUCCCUGCCACGCAUCGUGUCGUGCGCGGAGGAGUACGGAGUCAUCACCGAGGGCGCCCUGAAGGGGGUCAAGCUCACGGGGUGCCUCGGCGAUCAGCACGCGGCGACGCUGGGCCAGAGAUGCGACGCGGGGCGCGCCAAGAACACGUACGGCACGGGUUGCUUCAUGCUCCUCAACACCGGCGGAAACGUCGUGGAAUCCAAACACGGGCUGCUGACCACGAUGGCGUGGCGGCUGGGUAAGGACGCGACGCCGGCGUACGCGCUGGAGGGCAGCGUCGCCAUCGCCGGCGCCGGGGUCCAGUGGCUGAGGGAUAACCUCGGGUUGAUACGAUCCGCGGCGGACGUCGAGCCGCUCGCCGCCUCCGUCCCCGACGCGGGUGGCGUGUACUUCGUGCCCGCGUUCUCCGGCCUGUUCGCGCCCAGGUGGAGACCCGACGCGCGGGGCGUGUGCGUGGGGCUGACGCAGUUCACCACGAAGGCGCACCUCGCGCGAGCGCUCCUCGAGGCGAUCUGCUUUCAGACGGUUGACGUCCUCGAGGCUAUGCGAAAGGACGCGAGCGACCUCGACAUGACCGCGCUUCACGUCGACGGGGGAGCCACCGCGAACGGGUUGAUGAUGCAGACCCAGGCGGAUCUGCUCGGGCUGAGGGUGUUCCGCCCGGCGAACGUGGAGACGACCGCGAUGGGCGCGGCGCUCGCGGCGGGUGUCGGCGCCGGGCUCUUUUCGGAGAGAGCCGUCUUUGAGGAUACACCCGCCGACGAGUCAAUCGCCGACGCGGAGUGGCUGAGGGACGAGAUGGCGAAUCGAGCGUACUUCGAACCCGCGAUCGGGGAGGACGAGAGGGCGAGGCGGUACGCGGGCUGGUGCGACGCGGUGGAGCGAAGCCUCAACCUGGCGCCGCAGCAGGGCAAGUGA